AUGUCGACCUUUCCUGUUGGAUUAGGCAAAGGUCCAAGCCUUCCCAUUGUUUCGCUUUCCACAAUAACAUGGAUUUCGGCGAAGUUGGCUACCAUGAUUCUUCUCCUCUUCUCCAGCCGGUCAUUUCUGGAUGGAGAUGCAUUCAUCCAUGCCGCUGCUUCAGAAAAUACAACAGGCCUACAACUGCAUAUCUUCAAUCAAUAUGUGGUGAUGGAUAACGGCAUUCUCCAACUCAACCUUUCAAAGCCUGAGGGGAUGGUUACUGGAAUACGAUAUAAGGAGAUCAGCAAUUUGCUUGAAGUUCUUGCAGAUGAAACCAAUAGAGGGUACUGGGAUUUGGUAUGGUCCGCACCAGAAAUUACGAGAAAGAAAGGCGCAUUUGAUAGGAUCGAAGGAACAAAUUUUACGGUUAUAGUAGAAACUGAGGAUCAGAUAGAGCUAUCAUUCACCAGAAUGUGGGAUCCUUCUCAAGAGGGCAAAGCUGUCCCCUUAAAUAUUGACAUAAGGUUCGUGUUGCUUCGUAACUCGUCGGGUUUCUACACUUACGCCAUUUAUGAACACUUGAAGGAAUGGCCUGCUUUCAACUUGACCAAUACCAGGACUGUGUUUAAGCUCAGGAAAGACAAGUUUCAGUACAUGGCACUGUCAGACACCAGGCAAAGACACAUGCCCCUUCCCGAUGAUCGGUCAGCCGGAAGAGGGCAAUCCCUGGCUUACCCGGAGGCCGUCUUGCUUGUCAAUCCAGUCGAGCCCGAGUUCAAAGAAGAAGUGGAUGAUAAGUAUCAAUAUUCGAUUGAGAACAUAUAUAAUCGAGUGCAUGGAUGGAUAGCAAAUGACUCGCAGGUUGGAUUCUGGCAGAUCACUCCCAGUGAAGAGUUCAAAUCUGGAGGACCCUUCAAGCAGUGCCUCACUUCACAUGUGGGGCCCACUACCCUUGCCAUAUUUCACAGCACACAUUACUCGGGAGAGGAACUGAUAUUACAAUUUGAGUCCAAUGAGCCAUGGAAGAAAGUGUUUGGUCCUGUUUUUUUCUAUCUUAAUUCUUUGGUUGAUGGAACCAACCCUUACCAGCGUCUAUGGGAGGAUGCUAAACACCAGAUGAACAAUGAAGUUGAAAGGUGGCCAUAUGAUUUUCCAGCUUCCAUGGACUUUCUGUCGCCUAAGCAACGAGGUACAGUUAGCGGCAGAUUAUUAAUUCGAGAAAGGUACGUUACGGAUGACAAAGACGUACCCGGAAAUGGAACUUUGGUUGGGUUGGCAGCUCCAGGAGUUGUUGGAUCAUGGCAGCUAGAAUGCAAGGGUUACCAAUUCUGGACCAAAGCAGACGAUAGCGGCUACUUCUCCAUUCGUGGCGUACGUCCAAGGACCUAUAAUCUUUAUGCAUGGGUUCCUGGUUUUAUUGGUGAUUUCCGAUAUGCUUCUGAAAUUGUUAUUACUGCAGGUCUUCCUCUACUUCGAUCUUUUUCUUAUUUUGUGUUGGUAGAUUAUUAUACAUUAUCAUUACUAGUUAAUUGUACGUCUAAUCCUAAAUUACUGUAAUUUUAUUAAGCUGCAGAUGGUAAUGUUGAUGUGGGUACACUUGUUUAUGAGCCUCCGAGAACUGGCCCAACUCUGUGGGAAAUAGGCAUCCCUGAUCGAACUGCUGCAGAAUUUUAUGUCCCAGCUCCUAAUCCGAAGUACAUUAACAAACUCUACGUCAAUCACACUGACAGGUUUAGACAAUAUGGAUUGUGGGAAAGAUAUGCAGAGUUAUAUCCUGACAAUGACUUGGUUUACACAGUUGGAGUUAGCGAUUAUAGAAAUGAUUUCUUCUUUGCUCAGAUUACCAGGAAGACAAGUAAUAACACAUACAAAGGAUCAACAUGGCAGAUUAGGUUCAACCUCGAGAAUGUGGACAAGAACAAUACCUACAACCUGCGAAUAUCACUUGCAACAGCCCAUGUUUCUGAAUUACAAGUUCGGAUCAAUGACCCAGAAACAAAGAAUCCUCCUUUAUUUACUACUGGAGAGAUUGGCAACGACAACACGAUCGCGAGGCAUGGAAUUCAUGGACUCUACAGGCUAUACAAUGUGGACAUUCCAAGCGCUUCACUGAUCGAAGGAAACAAUACCAUAUUUCUAACUCGAGAAUUGAGUGUUAGCCCUUUUCAGGGAAUCAUGUAUGAUUAUCUUCGCUUAGAAGGCCCUCCGCCUUCUAAUGACAACAAUAAUAUUAGAUUCAGUUCAUAG